AGCGCCGUGGAGCAGGUGCUUUCCCCCCUCCCUCCCUCCCUCCCUCUCGCUCUCUCCCGCCCGCCCUCCGGUCCCCCCCCCCGGGUGGUGGCCGCUGCUGCCGCCGCCGUCGCCGUUUUCUCAGCCCCAUGAAGCGCAAGAGAUGCUGAACCUACCGCGUGACGGCAAAAAGUCACUCCGAUGCAAGGUGGAAAAACUGAAAAAAGAAAACAAUGGCACCCUUCCAUUGCUUAGGAAAAGGGGGAAAUCUCAUCAUUCUUCGAUUGUUCAGACAUCUCAGAAUUGUUCAAAACAACUGAUCCCUGCAGAAAAAAAUCACUUGGGUACCAGCAAAACAUACCGAAAGAAGCAUACCUCCAAUAUUGGCUCCCUCCCCCAGUUGGAGCCCCCUAUCAACCACUCCACGCUUACUGCUCUCAAAGCAAACCAAGACGAACGUAUCCUUCCUCAGAUAACCAAUAAAACCUUGCCAUAUGGACAGAAAACACACCAGGAUGAAAGGUUUUGCAGCUUUAGUCGACAACAGAUAACGAGGUUGGGGUUAAUCGAGAAUUUUCAAGAAAUUAUUAGCAAAGCACAGACAAACAAGAAUGAGAAAAGAACAUUUCAAGGUCUUAAUUUGCCUAUGACAUCUACAGAAGCACUGAAGAAUUUCAAAAGUGGCCUGGUAAAUUAUGAAUGUGAGGAAAUCCAAAAUUAUCGAGAACUGUGGUUUCUUGGACUGGAUGCCGAAAAGAUAGAUGCUGUUCCUGGUGGACAGCAAAACAGUGGUUAUGAUGAUGUCCACGGUUCUUACAUCAAGGUGUUACAUGACCAUUUAUCGUAUCGAUAUGAAGUUCUUGAAGUCAUAGGCAAAGGAUCCUUUGGGCAAGUGGUAAAAUGCUUGGAUCAUAAAACAAAUGAAUUGGUGGCUAUAAAGAUAAUACGAAACAAACAAAGAUUUCACCACCAAGCUUUGGUGGAGCUGAAGAUUUUAGAUAUUUUACGCAAAAAGGACAAAGAUGGCAGCCACAACGUUAUUCAUAUGCUGGAGUAUUUUUACUUCCGAAAUCAUCUGUGCAUUUCCUUUGAACUAUUAGGAUUAACCCUGUAUGAAUUAAUCAAGAAGAACAACUUCCAAGGUUUCAACUUAUCGCUUGUUCGUCGUUUUGCAUUUGCUUUACUAAAGUGUUUACAGAUGCUCUCCAGGGAGAAAAUUAUUCACUGUGACCUGAAACCAGAGAACAUAUUGCUAUGCUCUAAAGGACAAGGAACAAUAAAAGUAAUUGACUUUGGAUCAAGCUGCUUUGAUUAUCAAAAAGUUUACACAUACAUUCAGAGCAGAUUCUACCGCUCACCUGAAGUAAUUCUGGGUCAUCAAUAUACCAUGGCAAUUGAUAUGUGGAGCUUUGGCUGUAUUCUGGCUGAGCUCCUCACUGGCUGUCCCCUCUUUCCUGGGGAAAAUGAAGUAGAACAGCUGGCUUGUAUAAUGGAGAUAUUUGGGGUUCCAUCAGAUGCCUUCAUUCAAGCUGGACAAAGAAGGCGAUUGUUUUUUGUUUUUUUUGAAGAUUCUAAGGGACACCCUAAAACCAUCACAAACAGUAAAGGAAGGAAGAGGCGCCCAAAUUCCAAGAAGCUUGCCAACAUACUCAGAACCAAUGAUCUCCUUUUUAUAGAUUUCCUGAAAGGUUGUUUCACGUGGGAUCCUGAAAAGCGUAUGACUCCAGAUGAGGCUGUGCAACAUGAAUGGAUUAAGGAGACCAGGAGACUGAAAUUUCAUCUAAAAAGUUGUUGCCCAAAGAAUGGAAUAGAAAUUGUUCCUACAACUCAAGAUAACUGCAAUUACAUAUCCAAAAAGUCCCAACCUCUUAAGACAGAAAAAAUCCAUCAUGACAAAGGUGAUGUACUGAAGCAUCAUUGCAACGAAAUUGAAGAAACUGUAACAUUAGCCGAACGCUUGAGGCCUCUGGGGGCUUCUGCAGAAGGAGAUACAACGGAAGAUAUAAAACACAAAAGUGAGAAGCCACCUGAAGAAAAAUCAGAAGACACAUCAUUACAAAGUCAAAAAAAACAUGCACAAGUCAGUUCUGAAGAAAUCAAGUCACAGGACCAGAUACAAUCUCCUCCAACUACCUUGUAGGUCGUGUUAAUAAUCACAAUUUUAAUAACCUGGUAUUUCAUUGAAGGAAACUACAAUUUAGAAAGUCACUUGAUUGUGAUGAAGAUUGUCAUUAAGCUUUCAUGCAUGCUUCUUAUAAAAUCUGCAAUAUUUUACAAUGAAUUUGGAAAACUACCUCAUCCCCUCGAAUAUAAACUUAUGAUAUAUUAACUCUGCUCAACACAAAAAUGUUGCUGGUCCAUUCAGUGCUCAUUUUUGUGGAAGAAUCAAAAUGAUUUUUAUAAUUCUUCUGUGUGAUCAACCAAUGGUGUACUUAUUGAGUAAAAGCCUAUCUCUUAUACAAACAUUAUUUGUUUUAGAAUGAUGCAUUAUUGUGUGACUUUAAUGCUUUAAUCUUUAUCCCAGAUGUUAUUUUGUAAAUUAUACUUCAACUUUCAUGGACUAUCAAAUCUUUUUUUUCCUUUUUGUAAAUCUAAUUUUGAUAUAGUUUCCGUCAACAAUUUCAACCUGGCAGAAACACAGUGAGGCAGUAAUUAAUCUAUAGUCCUGUAUUCAAUUACUGUGUUCUAAACUGUUGACUUUAAUUAGUAAAUGGUUUUGUGAAUAGUUAUGCCUUGAAAUGUUCAAUCACGAUAAAAAUCAAGAUUAAUAUUGUAGCUUUAAUGUAGUUAUGUUGCAAAUUUCUUUGGGCAGAAAAGUCUGUUUAAACGUUAGUGAACUGAAUAUAUAAGCUACUUCAAAUCUGACAAUAAAUUUUACUCUCAAGCAAA